ACUUUUAAUUACAUUUUACUUCCUACUGUGAACCAGUCAGGAGGUCGACGGAAAUAUUAGGUUCGCAUGAUAAAAUAAGACCAUUGGAUUGAACUUGCUGACCUUUACUCGCGCGCUCUGCACGAGACUAGCAUAUUGUGUUACGUCACAGUGUUGCAUGAGCCUGCAUUUCUCGACGGUUAUAUAUGAAACACCACACCACAUGUCUAGUGUUAUAUGGUCUGGUCAAUAUAGCGGCCAUUAGCCAGACGGACAAUUGACGUUUGAUCAACAUAUCUAAACGUGUCUAAUGUAAGGAAAGAAAAAGCAAAGACGAAGCAUCAGUUUCUGACUAUGGCGGUUUAUGCCGAUUUGUUAUUGUUAUUGUUGAAGUGAAGUCAAAGUGAAUUUGUGUUCGUAAAAUCAGAAACUAUAACAAAUUUUACGUUUGUAUGUGAUUUACAUAAACUGUGUGACUAAAGUUGGGCUAUAUGAGAAAAUGAUAGGAUACAGGAUGUACAUCCACAUGUGUUACACAAAUCAUGUGUAAAACGAACACGUUCUGUCUAGAGAGAUGUCAGAAGGUUGUGUUGCGUUUGUACACGGUCUGUGGGCUACUGAAAUAAUUAGACUGCCAUCCUCACCAACCGACUCCUAGAUCUGCGUGUGGUGAUAAGUCUCAUCUAGCGAAGUCAGAUAUAUAUACACCGGCAAAAACAUCAGCCUCGGAAUGCUGUGUUGAUUACUGUUAGAAUGUGUUUUCCCCCCUUUUGGGCCCCUGAAACGAAAUGCAGAAAUGAAAGCUUAGCUUUACGAUCGGUUUACUCAUAUAGGACCAACUACGUCACACACGGCCCGAAUAAGGGUAACAAUAUACUCAGAAAUUGAUGACGUAGUACACAUUACAAGUGCACUAGUUUGGAAACAUCGGAGUGGAUAUAUUCUGGAAAAGACAUAUGAGAAAAAGUGUAAAGCUACGAAGAAAAGAGAAUAGAAUAACCGCCAUCUUGGAAUCCUGUGAACGUGAUCAAGGGCGCUGCCGGGGAAAUUUCGAGAAAAAGUUUGAAUAAUUGUGCUGUGAUAGUUUGGGGAUUGUACGUGUAGCAAUAUAUCAAGAUGAGUGCAGGCGGUAAGGAAGAAAACCUAGAGGUGAUAUGUAAUGUGUGUGACAAUUUUGAAUGCCAUGUGUUCAAGAAAAAUGUGUGUCGAAAUUGUUUUCAUAGUAAGGAGGAACAUGUUGCCAGUAAUGGCGACACGGAAGUGUUACCAAGGAAACAGGACAUCAAUCAACCAUUCGACGACACCGGUAAGUCAAAAGACCUAAACUUAUUAGGAGAUAAAAACAGGCCAAAAAGUGUCAUCGGAAUAAAUAAAUCGUCGUCGGACAUUUUGAAAAAAUCGACAGAAAACUUGAAAGAUGUGUCUGAUAUUAAAGUAGAUUCCAAAAAUAAAGGAAAACCACCAGAGACAGCACCUAAAUCCAAACCUCCCGAGACGGCCCCCAAAGCUAAGACACCAGGUAAAUUGGUGACAGGUGCGUUAAGCGUGAAGGAGAGAUUGGAACAAAAACAGAAAUCUGGUACAGGAAUAUCGUCAGAUUCUAGCAAGAAACCUGCGCAGAGCACUGAGCCAGAGGUCAAAGGUAAUGUGUCAUCAUUGGUGACGUCACAGGGUUCAAAGAAGCAGACGACAGCAGAUAAUAAAAGCUCUUCAGUAGAAACAUCAGACUCCAAACCGGGAGAGAAGACUGACGGGAGUAAGAAACAGGGGCUGACAACAACUAAGGUUUUCACAAACUCAAAGCUAGCGGGAAGUUCCCUGCUUUCGCAGGAUAAGGGACUGUUAUCAAACUUAGGGAAGAAACAGUCUCUGGAUAAAAAGGACGGAGGAUCACAAGCACAGGCUAAGGACAGCAAUACAUUCGACAAGGUUUCUUCAAAAACAUCCACAACAAAAUCGGAGGAGAGUAGUAGCAAAAAAGUGUCCCUUACUUCAUCAAGAGCAGACGACACUAGUAAAGUAAAGCAGUUAGCGGCAAAAUCUGAGGAAUUAAGCAGCAAGACCAAACAAACUACAGCAAAAUUUGAGGAUAAAGGAAAGGUGACCACUUCUAAAACAGAGGAAAUUUCAAAUAAAUUCAAGCAAUUGAGCAGUAAAUCGUUUUCAGGCAGUAACAAAGACGGCCAGUCGGAUGCCAAGUUUAAUAGCUUAGGUCGCAAGAAGGCGGGAGUUAAAGAUAAGUUACCCAGUGAUACAGCGACAGACGAUAGCAGCGCAGGUAGUAGUAAUAAGUCCCCGUCGUCAAAGGAACAAGGCAUUUCGCACCGGUCUACGUCAGGAUCAAGCAGCGCUGCAACAACAACAGAUAAGCCUACAGCACAACCGAUCCCUGGCGUAAACAAAUCAGCCACUAGUAGUUUGUCUUCGCGCUUUGGCGGGAGCAAGCAUGGGACAACUCCGGUCAAAACAUCCGAGGCCGUCCAAAAUGGAGAGGCGGGGAAAGAGAAACUUGAGCUUCUUACAGCAGAAAAGGCCAAAGUAAAUGAAGAAUUAGACUUACUGAGGAAAAAAUUAAACGACAUGGAGGGGAAAUGUCAAAUUCUCGAAAGCGAGAACAAAAAGCUAAAAGACGGGAUGACGGAGAAAGAAAUGGAAGAAAACAAGGUUUUAAUGGCAAAACAGGAUGUUGAGAAUGUGAUCGUGGGACUUAAAAGCGAGUUAACAUCAAUGGAAGGGCGAUGUCAAAAACUGGAAAAGGACAACACCUUAUUAUCGGACAGACUCAAGGAACAACAUAUACAACAACAACAACACCAGGAACAAAAUAUCGCAAACCAUGACGUCACAACUGAAAUAGCGGACAUGGAACAACAAGUUGACGCAUCGGAAGCUAUCGUAUCAAAUCUUAAAGACGAAAACGAUGAGCUACGUCUAGAAAUCCAAGAACUUAAAGUAGAAAUGGAUGAAAUGUAUGACAGUUUCCGUGAUCAGGAAGCCGAGGAAUUCCGAGAUUUACAGCGUGAAUUGGAAAUUACCGCCAAAAAUUGUCGUAUCCUUCAGUUUAAAUUACGCAAAGCAGAACGUCAGAAUGAAAGCGUCGAAGCAGAUCGCAUUCAGUAUGAGGACAAACUUCGGACGUUACAAAAUCAGUUCAAGGACGACGAUGCACGUGCCCAUAUACGAUCGAUUGAGCAGGAGUUACAAAUGGCGAAGGAAGUGUCUGUUCGUUUACACGACGAAUUAGAUAUCAUGGAAGAUAGGAGAUCCAAGGUUGAAGAAGAAAAUUUGCAUCUCACGGACAUUCUGGAGAAAUCCGAUAAAAAACAGUUUCGCCUGGAAAUGGAGAUAGAUAAAUUAAAGGAUAAAAUCGUAGAUCUACAGAAUCAGCUCGCCAAUAGACCCGACAGGGAAACUUCUGCUUCUGAUGACGUCACAGAGAGAAACAUUAUAUUGGGACGCAUGGGGAAACAAGGUAGCCAGGAAAUGGACAGUUCGCAACUGAUGAAAGAUCUUUAUGAUAGUAUGGAACGAGAAACAGACCUGAAAGACCAGUUAGAACUCAUGGAAGAAGAAGCAAAGACGUCAAGGAGAAAAUUAGAGGAACUCGAAGAAGAGAACGAAAAUCUAAGUAUCCAGUUAAAGAAAAUGUCUGCCGCACAAGCUACGAAAGGUAAAGAGGUAAUGGGCUCCCCUGUAACGAAAGAGGAAGCAGAGUUGAAAGUUCAUCUUGAUUUGAACAAUCAAGAAUUAAGUGUUCUGAAGAAAAAGUUUCAUGAUUUGGAAGAGGAUAAUCAAAAUUUAUUGAACGAAUGUGGUAAGUUAUCCGAGGAGCUUCGUCAAAAGGAAAUUUUGUUAAAUGUGUUACCCGAACCGUCGUCCCCAAAUUAUUAUUAUGAAGAUAAACUUAAAGACAUGAAAAUAGAAGCAGAUGAACUGCGUUGGAAAAUUAUUGAAAAAGAGAGAGAAAUUGAGCGUUUAAAUGCUCAGUGUGUAUUACAGACUCGACAAUCGAGAUUAAAAAAGAGUAGAUCCCUAGAAGGGGAACAUUAUCCAGUUAACGUAGAGUUGAAGAAACAGUUGGAAAAUAUUCAACAGGAGAAUAGCAUCUUAAAGGACAAAGUGAUUCGACUGACAGGUGGAAGAAAAGACAAUAAGGAAGACAAGAGUUCCCCUGUGUCAGAGUUUCAGAAACAAUCGACAAAAGCUACAGCUUCCCCUGACGAUUGUGAAAGCGUGAAGGAUGAGAAAUUACGAGCCCUUCAGCUGAAAAUAAAUCAACUUGAAAAACAUAGACCUUUAACUCCUUCGUAUGAUUACACAAGUAAAACAGGAACUAAAACUGAACAAUUAAAAUCUUCGUCAUAUGAUAUAUCACAUGAUUCAUCACGUGAUUUGCUACAACAACAGAGGCCGAGUGUUUUGGAUUUACGCGAUCCCUGUGCUUACAAUGAUAAGCGCGCCAGUUCUCCCGGUGGCACCGGUACAAUAUCAGCUGGCAGUUCCCGCCCUCGGGUUGAUACACCACUACCUAGUCCUGCCUCUUUUCCUUCACUCGCCAAGCCUGUCGUUCCGGGGUUACCGGCGGAGGGCGUGUCCUCCCCCGGGGAGACUCGGGAGGAACUGAUGGAUCAAAUAUUAGACAUGGAGGAAGAAGUUGAGAGGCUGACAGGAUCGGUCAAGCUCAAGGAUCAAGAGCUGACCAAAUUAUACGGUGAGGUCAGGAGUCUCAAGGACACGAUACAGAACCUCAAGGACGACUUCCGUAAAAAAGAGAUCGAACUACUGAGAGAUUUAGACGUGAGCAACGAAAAAUCGGAAAUCCUUAGUAAUCUACUGGACAUUGUAAAAGAGAGGGCAGACGAUGCAGAGGCAGAGUUAGAAAAACUUAUUGAGAACCAAAGCGUGUCUGCAACCUCAAGUGAAAACAGUGCCCGGACCGUCAGUACCCUUAGCAACGUCAGUUCCGGGAGUGACGAAGUAUUCGACGGGUCCGGUUCAGUACCAGGAUCUCCGGAUACUGGCGGUCGCCACCUUAUACAGAAAAACUGGGAGAACCAGUUCAAAAAGAGGAUAAGCUGUUUGGAGCGACUCCUUGCCGAAGAAAGGAAGAAAGUGGCGACAACUGAGAAAAAAUUGGCGCUUGUCUCGACAGAAACCUUGUCGUCCGCCAUGUCUGAUGACGCAAAACUGCAUGAAAGGGAGAAAGAACUCCUCCAAUCUGAGGUUCUGGACAGUAAGAAACUGUUAAGAAUAGCCAGUGAUCAGAUAAAGGGUUUACGUGAACGAGUACUGACCUUGGAGGAGGAAAAUAAGGUCUUGCAAUCCAAUCAAACAAUGACUGAAACAGAUGACUCCGAUUUAGACCAAACCCCAUCCGGAAGUGUUGAUACCGUCAUAGAGCGACCAAUCGGCGGUGUUGACUCUGCAGGGGCCAAGGCCAAAACUCCCUCGCAAAGUGAGGCGGAAAUAAUAAUUCUUGGAAAUGAAGUUGAAGUCUAUCAUUCCAAGGUAUUGGAGCUGGAGGCUCACCUUCAGGAGGUGAACGAAUAUUGGCAAAAUCAAAUUACAAUUAGAGAUAAAGAAAAGGAAACAUUUUUAAAGGAAGCAAAACAGAUGACUGAGGACUGUGAUGCUUUGAAAGAAUCCAUUUCAAAACUGAAAGAGGAAGAUACUCGGAAAGAGAAACUUCUCAAAGGACUGGAAACUAUGGUCCAAGAUAAGGUCAGUGUUGUUUUUCGGAAGGAGGAAAUAUUACAGGAACACGAGGAAAUUAUACGGCAACGGGAGGAAGACAUGCAAUCCAUGCUUGAUCAAAUCUCGCAAAAGGACGAGGAACUCCGUGAACUUCGCGAGGGUUUGCGCACGAGGGAUGAACGUUUACGCGAGAAGGAUGUUGUCUUGGAGACUGUUAAUACAAAUGUGACGGAUAAAGAACGUGAGAUUAAUUAUUUUAAUGAUGAAUUGACGGAAUUGCAGGGAACACUAGAUAAAAAGGACAAAGAAAUUUCAGUUUUGGAAGAAAGAAUAUCAGAAAUAGGUAGUGUUACCCAGUCAGAUAUACAAACCGAAAAUAUUAGGCUUAAACGUGAUCUUGACAGUUUGGCUACAAAUUUAGGUAAACUUCACACGGAUAACAGUACCUUACAAUCCGAAUUAGAAAAGGCGAAACAAGCCUUAAGUGAGGCGAUGGUUUUAUGGAAUAAAGAUAGGUCUAAUUUAGAGGCAGAAUUAAAUGUAGUUCGUGAAAAGUUACACAUGUAUCAGAGUUCUUUAGACAAAAACGAGCCACAGGUUGUAGCUACGUUAAGAAAAGAGGCGCAUAGAAUUUUAGAACAAAAAGAGAAAAUUACGGGAGAAUAUAGAGUGCUACGGGUCGAGAAUGAUGCUAAUAUACGAACAUUGAAAAAUGAAAAGUACAAACUUCAGGAGGAGUUAACACAAAAAAUUAGGCAACUCACAGCAGAAAUGGCUACAAACGACAAAAAUUCUCAGGAACUAGAUCGUCUAAGAGCGCAGGAGGAUAUAGCUUACCAGAUUCAGCACCAUGAGAAAGUUCUGAGAGCCGAAUACCUGGCUAUGAAGGUCCGUUACGAGACCAGGCUGGAAAACCUUCAGAAAGAACACAUGAAACUUCUUGCCCUGGUAGACACGCUGCAUAGAGAGAAGACCUUAGACAAGGAAAUCAUCCGAGGGGUUCAGAAAGGCAUGACUCAAAUGAAAGUCACCUACGCCAAGGAUCUGACGAAAUGGAACGAAGAAAAGGAUAUCCUUGCAAGGCACAUGAAAGAGAUUGAAGAGGGUCGUAAGCUGGCUAAGGAUCUACAGGAUAAAAUUGAAGAAUUGAAAAACCAGCUUGCUGACCAGGAAUAUGAGAGGGCAGAACUGGUCAACCGGAUAACUACAGAACGGUCUGGCUGGGAUGUGGAAAAGGCCAACAUGCAGAGCAAGGUCAAUCAGCUACAAGAGCAGUUAGCUAUGAUAUCCCAGGCCCAGAAUAGAACCAAAAACAUGCAAAACCGCAUGGAGGUGGCAUGGGAACAGGAGAGGUCCGAACAGAAGCGACUCUUAGCCGAGGCUCACGCACUCGCUCUAGACCUUCAGAGCCAGUUGAAGGCGCGCGAUGAAGAAUACGUUAAAGAAAGAAAGAUGUUGAUUGAACAACUUCGACGGAUGCGCACAGAGAUAGACGAAGAGCAACUCAGUCGUGAUACUCGCCAGAAAGAGAUUGACGAUCGUGGGUUACGAAUAUCGGAACUGGAGAGGAGGGUGGAGGAGGUAGGAGAAAGAGCAGCAAAGGAGCAGGAGGCGUCGGUAAAAGAUAGGGCGGAUCUGGUCCGGAGACUAGGAGAGAUGAGAAAACAGCACAAAAGGGAUCAGAGAAGGGUCGAAGACGUCCUCACAGGGUUAACGAGACUGAAGGAGCUAGCUGCGAUAGUUUCGGACUCUGAAAAAGAAGAUCAAACCUCAGAUUCUGUGUUAGUCUCACGGCUGGAGAAACUAAGUAAAGGUCCACUUCCGGAACUGGACAUCAACUUAGGAGAUCCGGCACAGAUGUCUCCACGGAAAUCGAUCAGACAACGUAUUGAUCAGGUCGUUUUAAAACAUAUUAAAGAGUCUCUGAAGGAGAUUCAUUUCGCCGUGGAGGACAUCGGAAGGCCUCGUGAGAUAUCAGAGGAGGAGCGCAAGAAACUAAGAAGAAGUUUGUCGAGCUCCGAAAUUGACUUCCUGAAGGAAGACUUUUCAGCGGGCAGACAACGGGAUUCUGCAAAAUUCGACUCGCCAAAAGCAUCGCCACUAACAAUUCAAACGGACACAUCUUCACCGAGAUUUCUUAGGAGUAUUACCCAUAACGGAUCUGGAGACAUACUCGAUCGUCCUGCUUGUGAUCUUCUACCGGAAAUACAACCCAUUUCGUCACUUCCGUUACGACAAAAAUUGAUAAUGGCGGACGUGCAUUAUGAACAAAGUGUCACAACGAAGUUUCCCGACCCCCCACCUAGUUUUCUGCUAUCUCCAAAAUCACACUCCCGACAGACACUAACAGACACGUCUUAUUCAGUUAAUUCCCCAAGGGGUAUAUCCUUAGUUACUGAUACUAAAACAAGACUCGUUCCUACUAGUAUAUCACUUGAUACCAGCGGGACGAGUUCACUACAAACCAGUCCUCAGAGUAAACUUUAUACAAAGUCUCUUUCAGCUGGUGGAUCUCCCACCUACGAAUCGGCAAGCCUUCUUCCUUCCAUUCCAGUAAUGCACAGCACUGUGUCCUCUGAUACUACACCUUCCCCUCGUUCCGGAAAUUCGUCCAAUUCCGGAAGUUAUGAACGCCUUACACCUAGAUCUGCAAGAAGAAAGUUUUUUGAAGAUAAAAGUGAUUUGCCAUCACCUUCGCCGAUGUCGGAAAGAAGUCAGAGUUGUGAAGGUAUCGAAGAGGAUGCAGUUCCAGCGAAGCCACCACCUGUUGAAAAUAAGCGCAUACGCCUUCAACACUACGAAUCUGAAGAGGAUGUUAUAGGGCAAUUAAUAGAGGAAACAAAACCACGAACACUGACGCAGUCAAUAUCUGUCGAUGAAAAGUCGACACGUUCAGUAACAAAAGCCUCGAGUACUGAGAGUAAGAAAAGUAAACCAGAAAAACCAAAGCGAAAAAUAAUACGACGCUCUCAAAGUGUUGAUAGUUCUGUAAAAAAUUCUGUAGCAAAGGCAGGAAUUACUGCGAUGUCACCUGGGGCGCCCUCAAAUACUAGAGCCGUUGAACUUUUCGCAACAAUGAAGAGAAAAAUUAAAAAUACUCUGAAAAGGUCUUCAUCAAUGACUGAUGAAGAAAAGUCAACGGAAAAACAAGGCCCUAGUUCUGAGGCUAGCGGGUCUGUUGUGACGUCACCAGGGGUUGGGGUUCACACGGCAAGUGGACAGAAACCGUCAGGCAUGAUGUAUAGACCAUCCACAAGUGUACAAAAACCGGUAACAGGUGUACAGAAAAGUACUUCGUCUCCUCAACAUGUAUCUCAAAAUGUACCUCCACCAACGCCACCUAUUUCCGCUAUGAACAGACGCGCACUUCCGGAGGUAAGAAGGGACGCCGUGUAGUUUGUAGAAUGCUGUGUAGAUGUAGUCUGUGUUAAUGUGUUUCGUCGACUUGUCACCUGAUGUUGGGAAAAAAACUCACAACUCUAACAACUAACACUGGGCUAACGCACCGAACUAAUAUUGAUAAUGAAACAAACGGUGAUAUCAAACUUUGACACAUUUUAUUUUUCAGAUGGACGAUGAUGCGUUAGCUAAUGGAAGGAAACGGAUUCCGGAAAAAAGUUCCGAAAACAAACAGACUACAAAACGUUUAAGAUCGAAAUCUGCUGAACGCGCAACACGAGGGCCAUCUGCCCUGAAACAACAGGUGAUACUGGAGGAAGACUUGCUGCCAGACAGAUCAAAAGUAUUUAGUGAAACGACAGUGUGAUUUCAUGUGUUUACAUCAACAGGGACAAAAAUGAUGCAUUUGUGUAAAAUGAUAUAUGAUUUUUGAUGCUAAGCUUCUUCAGGUCUAUCUGAAGAUAUAAACAAAAAUGAUGCCUGACAUGUCAAUUUAACGCUUGAUAACCUAUAACGCAUUAUAGUUACUGUAAACAUUUUAAUAUAAGCGAAUGCACAUUUUUGCGUAAUCGAUAGAAUCGCAUAUUAGCCUAUCGACUAUUUACUUCAUUUUGCCUUUUAAAACCACAACAUUGUUCUCUUUCCUUGUGGCAUUGAAAGAAAGCUAAAUGAUAAAAUCAUCCCAUCCAAAGUAAGAAAGUAGUGCAUAUAGAGACUCUUUUCAAUUCUGUAAUUUUUAAAAUUCAUUUACGAAAGAAUUUUGAUAACAUAUUGAUAAAUCAUUAUUCAAUGAAUUAUUUUUCAUUUGCAUCAAUAAAGAACUGAACCUUCAAUGAAACAUGAAAUCUAAAGCCCACUCCUUUGAAAUAAGAAAUGAUAGUUUGCUGUAUGAACAUAAGACAAUACUCAGUAUAUUAUACGAAAUCUGUCUUAUCAAUCAGUGCCAAAUGCGUAACACGAAACAGAGCAUAAUUAACCUUCAGUCAUUUGCAUGAUAAAGUCUUUCAGAGACGAUGAAAAUUAUAUGUAACAAAGGUCGUUAUUAAUUUCAAUACCUAUCCUAGAAUUCGUACCCAGGACCUCUGGAUUACUAGCCUACCGCUCAGCCGAUCGAGCAAACGGAACGGUAUAUAUCAGCUGGUAUUUAUUAUGGUUACAUAUGAAUUCUGUCAAAUGUAAGUGUGACGUAACACAGAACACAAUCUUAAAUCAUUUGUUAAUUUAAAAGUAAGUUAUUUCGAUGAAGAAAUUUACAUAUAAAUUCUAAUUUUUGAUAAUUCUUAGAAUUGUUUUCGGAUAUUAUUGCGAGGGUUCUUAAAACGCUACAGGAUGAUUUAAAGAGCUUAUUUGCUCUCAGUUAUAUUACUGAUUUAUAGCUCAUGCAAGUUAAAAAAAACUCAAAGUGCUUGCGAUGGUUAAUACACAUUAAAUGCUUGCGUCAUUUUCUGCAUAUUCUUCAGAGGAAUUGUCACCUAGGUAUUAAUCAACACAUCAAAAAUUGAUGACGUCAUCAUUUGUUGAUGUUGCCUGUAAAUAGUGCGGAUUGUGUUCUGCAAGGUAUUGUUAUGUUGAUAUAGUUAUACGAGUUUUAAGGUUGCUUCGUCGUAGUUAUAUAUGCUUUAGUUAAAUUAUCACCACCUAUGUUUUAUAUUUGUCACAGAAUUAAUUUAUUUCUAUAAUUUUAGUUUUCAAGUUGUAGCACAGAAUUUGAGAAACUUUAUCACUAAACUUUAAAAAAUUGUUGAUCUUGAACUGUUUCUUAUAUUCGCUUAGAAGACCCCAGAUCAAAUAUAUUUUUCGUUUUUAUUCUGUUUGAAAUAAGUUUUAUGAAUUCCUCAAAUUAUCAUUCAUUUAAGAACAAAUUUGUUCUUGGAAGCGACAUGAACAUUUCAUUAUCUAUUUGUUUUUACUAAAAGUACAUCAGUAAAGGCGUACACAUAAUACAAUGGUCAAAAUGUUGCCGACAAAAUUGAACAAUGUAUGCAGAUUGCUUUGUUUUGUUUAUUAUAUAAAGCUUAAGAUAAUUUCUCAGUGCUUUCAUCCUAUUUUGCCAUUAACCUCGAGAUCCACGAUACCGUGGCAUAAUGAGAGAAUUGAUAACAAAUUAGAAAGAUGACUUUACAGCAUAUUAAUAUUUUAAAAUAUUGUUAUAUUAGCUUCCGUUUUACGAGAAAAAAAUUAUAUAUCUUUCAUUAAAAAAAUAAUUACGUUUUCCUGUUGUCUGCACAUGGCAUUUUGUCUUUUGUUGAUCUCGGAUUAAAAUAUUUGAACAUCUAUA